AUGUCAGGUGCUUACAAGGGAGCUCAAGCCUUAAUAAGACAAAAUUAUUCGGAAGCUCUGUACGUUCCAUGUAGCGCUCACAAUCUGAAUUUGGCUGGUGUGCACGCAGUUGAAUCAGCCAUUGAGAUCAAAGUAUUUUUUGGAAACGUCGAAUCUUUGUACGCAUUUUUUAGUGAAAGUCUUGCCCGAUGGAAGAUCCUCACUGAAGGGACAGGAAUUUUACUGGAUAAACUUUCUAUGACAAGAUGGAGUUCUCGUAUUGACGCGAUCAAACCACUUGCCAAAAGACCGAGAAAAAUGUUGGCACCUCUUAAAAAUGCUAUGGAAAACCUGGAUCUGACGAGUGAGCAGCUAAGCCAAGCAAAAGCCUUAAAAAAAUGGUUAUCAUCUUUUGAAUUUGUAUUGCUAAUUACGAUUUGGUACAAAACCCUUACUGCUGUUAACGACGUUAGUCGUUAUCUACAAUCUGAAGCCAUUACCAUCGAUGACGAGCUACGUUUGAUUAGACAGCUGCUGGAAGAUCUUAAACAGAUUAGGGGCUCUUGGUUGCAAAUUUUCCAAGAGGCUGUAGCUGUAGCUGGACCGCUAGGAUUCGAAACUGAACUUGCUACUAAAAGAAAGCGCAAACUAAAGCGCUUUUAUGAUGAAGCAUCAAACACAGCCUAUUUCCACAACAGCCAAACGAAAGAAUUCGAAGUGAACGUUUUUAAUGUUGGUUUAGAUAGUCUGAUCCAGCAGAUUGAUUCAAGAUUUGAGGCAAGCAGGAUGGUUGCCAAUAUGUUUUCAUUCAUCUGGUUGGACAAUGAUGAUCUUUCUGUUCAAAGUAAAGCUUGCGAGCUUGCACAAUUUUAUCCGAGAGAUGUCAACAAAGAGGAUCUCAUUGAAAAAAUUUGCCGUUUUAAAAAUGCCCGCAAAACAAUUUUCAAGCAAGGAAAUCCACUGCAACUACUUAACCAAAUUUUCGAGAAGAAGCUUGAACGUCUUUUUCCGUACAUUUGCAUCAUGCUCCCGAUUUUCAGCACUAUUCCUGUGUCAGUUGCUGAGGGUGAACUAUCAUUUAGUAAACUUAAGAUUGUAAAAAACUCUCUCCGUUCAACCAUGGGCCAGGAUCGCGUAACUGAUCUUUUGAUUAUUUUAAUUGAAGAAGAUUUGGCUAAGAAGGUGAGCUACGGCGAUGUCAUCGAUAUUUGGGCGGCCAGAAAAGCUCGAAAAAUUCAUUUUUAA